GGAUGCCAACUUGUGGACCAGAGUUUUGACCUUCUGGUUUUUACUCAAGGCUCAAGACUUCGAUAGAAGAGAAUGUUAGUCAUCUGCCUGUAUACACACAACAGCCCGUCCCUUCCACCAGCCGUACCUUCUUCCCCGGCUGCCGGCCCCCUGCAGACCUGCACAUUACUGCUGUGUGCUUGCUAACAGUUGACCCAUGGCUAGAGCUGCAGCGCUCGCCAGUUCUUUGGUCCUGCUGUGCCUAGCAUUGGCCGGCAGCACAGACGCGGCGAGGAAGACGGUUGGGGCGUACAGGCUCCGGAACAAGAAGGGGGACUUCUCCAUCAAGGUCACCAACUGGGGAGCCACACUCAUGUCUGUCAUCGUUCCCGACUCCAAAGGAAACCUGGCCGACGUCGUCCUUGGGUACGACAAGCUCGCACAGUACGUGGACGCUUCUUCCGCCUUCGGAACCGUGGUCGGACGAGUAGCCAAUAGAAUCGCCAACGGCAGCUUCGUGCUUGAUGGCAAAACCAUCCGUCUGAACAAAGACGGCACCACCACACUUCACGGUGGGCACCGGGGGUUCAACAGAGUCAUCUGGACGGUGAAGGAGUACGUGCCCGGCGGCGACUCCCCGUACAUCACGCUCUACUACCGCAGCUUCGACGGGGAGCAAGGGUUCCCGGGGGACCUAGACGUGUACGUGACGUACCAGCUGUGCUGCGGGCCGUACGAGCUGAGAGCGGUGAUGAACGCGACGGCGCUGGACAAGGCGACGCCGGUGAACCUGGCGAACCACGCGUACUGGAACCUGGCCGGCAGCGGCGACGCCCUCGGUCACCUAGUCCAGGUGCUAGCGUCGCGGUACACGCCGGUGGACGCGGCCAUGAUCCCGACGGGGGAGGUCGCGCCGGUCACCGGCACGCCGUACGACCUGCGCGCGCCAACGCUCCUGGGCUCGCGCAUCAAGCACGUCUCCGCCGCCGGCAUGGCCGGGUUCGACGUCAACUACGCGGUGGACGGGGACGGGUUCCGGUUCCGGCGGGUCGCGCGCCUCCGUGACCCGGCGUCAGGUCGAGCGCUGGAGCUGUGGGCCAACCAGCCCGGGGUGCAGCUCUACACCAGCAACUGGCUCAGCAACGUCGAGGGCAAGGGCGGGAGGGUGUACGGGCAGUACGGCGCGGUGUGCCUCGAGACGCAGGCCUUCCCGGACGCCGUGAACCACCCCAACUUCCCGUCGGAGAUUGUGAGGCCCGGCGGGACGUACCAGCAUGACAUGCUCUUCAAGUUUUCCUUCUAGUUAAUGCCCUUCUUUCUUUCGUCAGCAGAUGCAGAUCAGAUCAGCCAUCUCGUACGAGUGAGCUCUAAUAAUAAAUCAGCAUACAGAGAUGUAGUGUCGGCGCUAUGAUGCCCCUAUUCCCAUUCCACGAAGACUUGGUAAUUGGUAUUUGAAUCGAACUUAAUUUGUUCUUUGUUAAUUAGAACAAGCGGUUACGUUCUUUUUUGCUUCAUCAUGUAUCAUGUAAGGCAUUUAGGCAAACACCAAUUUAUUCUA